AUGAAAGUUAUCCAAACAAGAUUCCUUUCCAUUUUCUCCUUUCCAUGGGACUUGGUUUUCUGAGUGAGACGUCGUUGUGGAAGCCAUCGUAUUUUCGUCAUUUUGUUUAUUUGAAUAGACCAAAAAUAGUUUUGAGGAAUAUGACUAGUAGUGUUUCAUUGGAAUAUACAUCUGGUGGAAUUCCUAUCAACGAACAAGGACUACCAGAUCCUUCCAUACCUCAAGAACAAGCAGAAUUAUUAGAGUUUGGUUCAACUGGAGGUGUAAAAACACUUUUGCUUCAUCGACCUAAAGCCUUGAAUGCUCUUUCUACUAGUCUUUGUACUCGUUUGAGAGAGAGAGUGAGGAGAUAUGAACAGUCUGGUUUGGUCAACACCAUUCUAUUGAAAGGAGCAGGAGGAAAGGCCUUUUGUGCGGGAGGUGAUGUAAGAGGACUUUAUGACGCAAGAGGAGAUAGGAAAAGUCAAGAGAAGUUUUUCCGCGAAGAAUAUAGUGCGGACUAUAUUUUAGGAACUUUACGAGGUAUCACUUCGGUAGCUAUAUGGGAUGGGAUAUGUAUGGGAGGUGGUGCAGGAAUAUCUAUUCACGGACCUAUUCGAAUAGCAACUGAGCGAACCAUAUUUGCUAUGCCAGAAUGUGGUAUAGGACUGCAUCCGGAUGUCGGAGUUUCUUAUUUUCUAGCAAAACUUCCUAAUCAUAUUGGCAUGUAUUUAGCUCUAACUGGAGCUCGAGUAACUGGUCGAGAUGUUUAUCAUGCAGGAAUUGCAACUCAUUAUGUUCCUUCACAUCGUUUAUCGGAUAUGCUUCGUUGUUUGGAGGAGAGCGAUACUUCUUCUUUACAUGCAGUAAACAGUAUUAUUGGAGAUUUUGAAGGACAGCCGAUGGAUGGCGAAGAAACCAGCGAAUUUGUAAAACAAUGGCCAGUCAUCAACCGUUGUUUUGCUUGGAAAAGAGUGGAAGAAGUCAUUCAGGCUUUGAAGAAAGAAGCAACGGAAACACAAAACCAGUUUGCAGAGGAAGCUUUGCAACUCAUUUUGAAAGCUUCGCCAACUUCUCUUAAAGUGACUUUAGAGUCCAUCGAACAAGCUUCACAAAUGACAUUGAAACAGACCUUACAAAAAGAUUUUCGUAUGUCGAUGCAUUUUAUGAAAGGUCACGACUUUUAUGAAGGUAUUCGAGCAACUUUGGUUGAUAAGGAUAGAAACCCCAAAUGGCAACCAAAUAAGUUGGAGCAAGUGACUCGAGCCACUGUAGAAGAAUACUUUAAGCCUUUGGGUAAAGAAAUUCCAGAUUUACAGCUCGAAGAUAGGAAAUGGAUUGGUUAGAGUUCCUCAUGAAAGGGACCAUAUUUCUUUUCUGAUAGUACUAAAUGAAACAAAGCUUGAUCCAAUGAACUAUUGAAAGAUGAAUAGAAGCGUUGAAAGAACUUAUUGGGUUCCUUGAUAGGCUCCAUACAAUAAGAAAGAUUGUUUUGAGUGCGUGUCUUUUCUAUCAUAUCUUCAAAAGACCAUAUGUUCGUUGCAUCUUCCAAACCACUCGCUUCAGACUUGACAUCCAAAACUGCCAAGUCAUCAUAUCCUUUUGGACUCAAAGCCAAACUUAUUUUAUCCAUAAAAGGAAAGUGGUGCCAAAGUUUCCUCGUCAUACUCUGAUCGAGGCCCUGAUCGAGUCCUUCUUCCCAAAGGGUCCAAUUCACUGCUUCCAACAAUGACUUGGAAAGAAAUCGUCCUACUCCAAAAUAGGAAGAGAUUGGAUUAUUUUCGCAAAAAUAGAUACGUUGCAAUUCCAUUGUUUUCAUAUUCAAUAUCAAGUAAUCUUGGAGACCUAUGAAAUGGAUUCGUGGAAACCUAUUACAAUAAUACAGUUGAUACAAGUCAAACAGUCUAUAUUCACAAAAGUCAUCGGAACCUAUUAUUAUGAUUCCAUCAAUAUGUGA